ACCGUAGCCACACUUUGUGCUAAGCUUUCUUAGGGGUAGUAAACAAACAUGCGGUCGUACGCAAUUGCCCUAUUUCUGAUAGCCGCAGCGCGGGCUAUGCCUGCGCUGGAGAAAGAUAAUGAACCGAACGUGGUCGGCAACGUUCUGGGCGUCGUCAAGGAGUGUUUCGACGGCGACGUGUCCUUGUGCCUGAAGGAGAAAGCGUUGAAGUAUGUGGAGACGAUAUCGUCUGCGCGGGAGAUGAACCUCGCUGAGGGGGUGACGCUGUUAGGUACUGGGUCGCCGAGGUCUGCGAGGGCGUACGAGCCCUUGGCUGAUGAGCCAAAAGCUAGAGAAGCCCAGGUCGAGUCCAGGCUUGUGGAUAUCGCAGCUGAAUUCCUGGAGAACCAUGUGAUUGAAUUCCGUAUGCCAUCGUCUGCUGUAGAAGGCAUGAAGCGGUCUCUUGAAGAAGCUCGUGGCAAGAAGAAGAAGUUGAAGCAGCUCCUCCCUCUCCUGGCUCUCGCUAAACUGAAGAUCAUGGCCCUCAUUCCUCUGUUCUUGGGUAUCAUUGCGUUCGCCGCUGCAAAGGCCGUCCUCCUUGCCAAGGUCGCCCUUCUCGUUGCCGGUAUCAUCGCUCUGAAGAAACUCCUAGCUAGCAAGCACCAUGAAACCAGCUACGAAGUCGUAGCCCAUCCUCACCAUGAAGAACAUUACGCAAGCAGUGGCCAUGGAUGGGGCAGAUCAAUCGACGAAGCGCAAAACUUAGCUUACGCCGGCCAUAUUAAGUCAGAUUAAGGGAGUCGCACAAGGACCAGUUCUUGGUACUUAAUUGUUCUUAAUGUAUGCAAAUGAAAAAUGCGAUAUGUGACAUGCAAGCGAAACGAGUUAUUUAUUAUUAGAUGUAAGCAUAUUUAUUGUGAACUAGUAUGUAAACCCUUUGUAAGGGUCGUAACGAAGUUCGUUACAGUUGUUUUUGUUUUCAAUAAUAUGUUCUGAGUUUGUAUGGUCCCCUCGUUGUACUAUAUUAGUAUAUUUUUCACACUCUAUACGGUAUCCGUAUUUGUGUAUUUGUUAUAAACAAAUAUUUAAGAUACUUGAUACAUAUUAUCUACUUAUUUCUACUUUAAUUUACUUCUAUAGCUAUUUUGUGAUCUAGUCCUAUAAGUUCUUAGAUAUGUAUAUGUAAUAUAUUAUACCUAUUAUUAUAUUUGUAUGUGUUCAUGUAGAUAUUAUUUUUAUGUGUAUAUUUUGUAAAUAUUGUAUAUUUUAUGUACAAUUAUAUAUGUAUCACUUUCAUAACUCUGAGUAUCCGAAUUUAUGUAUAAUAAUGCAUCGUUAUGAUAUUUCGCCUCAUUCAUUUCUUAUAAUAAUUAUGUAAAAUGAUUAUUAUUUAUAUUAUCAUCUUAAUAUUUAUCAUUCAUCUUUAUUGCGAUUCAUUCCCUAUUUAUUUAUUCUUUAUUUUCUUGAAUCGAAACUAGAAACCUCUCAAACGCCAAAGGAGAAGUUUAUUUAUAAUAUUAUGCAUAUUAUGACAACAAUACCGUAUUAUAUAUUUUAUUAUCUAUAUAUUUAUCGUUAUUACAAACCGAUUCGUACAAAUAAAGAACUGAAGAUUAAA